UUGACAUACUCCCUGAUCAUUAAAUUGGUGGCGGAAAUGGUUUGUGGGUCAAUGAGAAGUGCGUUGAUUGCAUCUGUGGUCGUGGUAUUGUUUGACACUAGCUCGUCACUGUUGGUAACGUUUGGCAAAAAAAGCAAACCUGCAUCGAAUCUACAACUGGAACAAAACUCAGGUGAACCAUGUGCAACGGAGGCUGACUGUUCGACGUUGCCGGACACGAGCUGCAUCCAGACCGGCGUAGGCCGUUCGGAGUGUCUGUGCGAAGACAUGGAACCACCCAGAUUAGGACGCUGCAUGCUGAUGCAGAAGGAUCUACAAAUAGCUUGCACGGAUGGUCAGGAUUGCAUCAAUCAUGGGAUCGUAGAUAAGAGCAUAGAAUGCAGGAAUUCGACCUGCCACUGCAAGGUUGGCUACUUUGCCAUUGAGAAUGCUGACAGCUGCGAGCAAGUUACUUUUAUUGAUGAAGUUGCCUCUGGAUCGUCAACUACCUUCAGUGUAUUCCUACUGCUAGUGACGAGCAUUACGGGUUUCUUAGCGGGAUCAGGUUAUUGUAGAUUAUAGUUUCUGCUUAUACGUUAGAAUAUUCUAUCGUUUGGUGUGUAACUGUGACGUUGCCGUUGCAUUAAUGGUGAUUGGCAAACAACAUUUUUUUAGUAUGUAGCGGAUGUUUUGACAUAGGGCGUCACGGUAAGAAAGAAGUAUCCUAAAGUAAGUUCUUUUCACUCAUCUCGGCACUAUAAUCAUAGAGGUAACUCAAAGACCAGAAGGUCCCGAAGAAACGAGCUCAACUUUUUGGCUCAGCUCUGGUACUAUCUUCGGUCCCAAGCUAAUCGAUGCACCCCUCGAAACAUGGAAAAAUCCACGAACCCCUCAUUUUAUCUGUCAAACUUUCAAAGCGAAUCAAAACAAACAUAGUUUAGUACUAGAAUUUCGUCUAGAUUUCUAAUUGCUUGGGACCAAUAGGCUAGUCAAGUAGUGAGCCAAUUUCAAAUCGAUAGUUUCGUAUUGAUUGUUGCUAUAAUCACCGACAAACCGACAUGAAUGAUCAUACAAGUUACAAAGAAAUUUCUGAUCAAAGCACAAAACUGACAUCUGCAGCCGUGUUCGCUGAAAACAUUUAUCCUAGCCACGAACACGCGUACAAAUUUUAUGAGUUGGUUCGUGUGUAAUGUAUUUCGGACAAAUUAUUUUUAUCUAAAUAAAACAUUUGAAUCGGCCGUUAUGGAUUCUCAAUCAAGAGUUAAGUUUAAAUUUCACGUCGGUUUGUCGGUGCUAUAAUGCAGGAACCCAAAAGUAGGUAAACCGGGUCAAAGUAGAUUUCAUUUACUUGUCUGUGCAAUUCGUAUAGAAUUUUCCACUCGCUUUCUACCCAAAAUUAGGUAAAUAUGAUUAUACUCAACGUUGGGUUUCCACACUUUACUACCCCCUGUUGGGUGGUUUUGCUCCUCUGUUUUUGACAACAUUGGAAGGAGAAAAGGAGACAAACUAGCCAAAAGUAGGUAAAAGUGAUCUGGUUGUUGGGUACUCUUUUCUUACCGUGUAUGUUUUUAAUUUCCUAAAAGAUAGUACUAGAAACAUAAGUGAUACGUUUCAAUGUACAGUCAUGCUCAUAUUUCUUAAUCCCGUAAUUUAAAAAAAAUGAUGACAUACUUUUGACAAAGGUUUUUAGAAUAAGCUUUGUUAUAUCCAAAUGAUGAACCGUGAUAGUAAAUAAAAUUCAACAAGUUCGAUGAAAUUUCACAUGUCAGAUGUCUUCAACGCUACUUUUAAAAUUUACAGGUGGGAAAAAGUGUUCACAAUUUCAAAUUUUAAACUGUUUCUUUACAGAUGUUCAGGAAGUAUUAACAGGGAGCGGUAUUUAGACUAUCAUCAAUACGAAACUAACGAUUUUAAAUUGGCUCACUACUUGACUAGCCUAUUGGUCCCAAGCAAACGAUUAA